ACCCACGACCCGAUAAAGCGACGGCUGCGUAUGUGGCUCCGAAUUUGUCGUCCCACAUCGCAGGGGCGCUUUGCAGAUAUUCGCGUGCGUCCUCGCCAGCCUCGCGCCUCUCCUCUCUGCACAGGCUUGAAUUAGCGCACCGUUCGCAGAGCCCCGAGUAAUCAUCGUUCUGUAGCUGCAGAAAUUCUCAUCUCUUGGACGCAACCGGAAGCGAAUAUCAGAUGUCGACCGCAAAAAUAACACCUACAGCCUCUGUCCUCUCUUUGACGAUAAAAAACCUGGGUUUCGGUCUCCGCCUCCCAAGCUACACAAUUCUACCUAACAACUUCAAACAGCGCAAUGGUUGCUCCCAAAGAAGACUGUGUGUAAUGGCGAAAUCAUCCGCCUUGAACCCUCUAGAAGUCUGCGCUAAGGCUUCUGUAACCAUUCCUAACAAGUUGGGUGACUGUCCUUUUUGUCAGAGGGUACUACUGACCAUGGAGGAAAAGCAUCUUCCUUAUGACCUCAAAUUGGUGGAUUUGGGUAACAAACCAGAAUGGUUUUUGAAAAUCAAUGCAGAAGGUAAAGUUCCAGUGGUAAAACUUGAUGAGAACUGGGUUGCAGAUUCAGAUGUCAUCACGCAAUCCCUGGAAGAAAAGUACCCUGAUCCACCAUUGAAGACCCCAGCUGAGAAGGCUUCAAUUGGGUCGAAAAUAUUUUCAACAUUUAUUGGUUUUCUCAAGAGCAAAGAUUCUGCUGAUGGCACUGAGCAGGCACUCCUUAAUGAGCUCAGUUCUAUCAAUGAUCAUAUCAAAGAAAAUGGCCCUUUUAUCAAUGGGAAGGAGAUUUCUGCAGCAGACUUGUCCUUAGGGCCAAAGUUAUACCACGUGGAGAUUGCUUUGGGUCAUUAUAAGAAUUGGGCGGUGCCGGACUCUCUACCUUAUGUGAAGUCUUACAUGCAGAGUGUCUUUUCAAGAGAUUCUUUCGUCAAAACACGAGCGCUUAAGGAGGACGUCGUAGCAGGAUGGCGUCCGAAAGUCAUGGGCUAAACAUGUCUCCCGGCGCUUUAUGCCAUUGCUGGUGAUUUCGUAUGUGUACAUACCUUACCCUAGUAGACUUUGCAAACUACAAUGAUCAGUGGACGGAUUUGUCAUGGUUUUACCGGCGGAGUUAAUUGAUAGAAUCGGCAAUUCUACUUUUUGCUGUCUUGAUAUGGCGAUGGACUUGUAAUUCAUCAAUGACUCUUUUAGCAGGAGUUUACUUAUGGUGCAUCACAAGCAUUGUAUUGUACGAGGCUUGAGGUGGCACUGUAUCGGCUUGUUGCCAUGUAAAGCAGGCUAUUCUAUUUGUAAAUCUCCUCAUUUCCCGUCA